UUGAUGAAAGGUAUUGGGAAGUAAUGCCUGCUACGAAAUCGACAAAGAGAAAAAGUCACGUGAACCCACCUUGUGUUCUUGAUACCAUGGAUGUGGGUCCUUCUACUAAGCGAACGAAGGACACAGAACAUGUCAAUGGUUGCCACACAUCAGAAACGGUUGUAUCUCACAACAUCGCCAUACUUGGGUUGGUUGAGUCGGUGAAGAACCUGACUGCAAAAAUUGAUGGAAUAGAUGUUAUUGUAGCUGACAAGGUUAGCGAGAAACUGGACGCAACCAUACAAGCUAAAGUGGAUGCUAAGGUGGGUUUAUAUAAGGAUGAGGUAAUGAUGAAGAUUGCCAUGUUGGUGGAAGACGUAAAGAAUCUUAAAAAGAAGGCUGGUGUCAACAUUCCUAUCGAUGUAGCUAACUCCAAUGAUCACAACUCCAUUGUGCCAGAAGAGGAUGAUGCUUCUAGCAAUGAGUUGUCAUGGAUGCUUCAGAAGAAGAUAAAUUCACAAGAUGGUUUACCAAUCGAAUGUGUUGUUAAAAAGGAGAAAAAGAAGACGAUGGUGAAGCCGGAGCGUAAGACCACUGAUGUGAAAAAUAAAGGGAAGAAAGCUGAAGUGCCAGUGAAGAAAGUGAAGAAGGAGAAAGCAUUUGUCAUCCCAGAACUAAAUGACAAAUCUAUUUCUUCAGGAGAUUGGAAGAAUCAUUUGGAGUGGGAAAAGAGUAAUAAGUGUAGACAAGUGAUGCAAGAACUUGCUUCAACUUUGGAGAAGGUAAAGCUCAAACGAAAACCCCACUUGACAAAGACUCAAGUAUGGCCGUUUGUAGGGAACUCAACUGUCAAGCGUAUAAUCACUGGCGUCACUCCAUCUACGGUGUCGUACGACCCAUUUGCUAAAGUUGAGUCACAGAAAUUGGUGAAAGUUAUGGACUUUAUUAAGCGAGAUUUGGAACAAGAGGAAUCUGGAUAUGGUGAGUUUUGCGCUCAGUUUUACUUAAAGAUAAUGGUGCCAAGAGAUGAGUGGCCAACAGAUAAGUACGGCUGGCUGUCUGACUCGCACAUUGCCGCAGCGAUGCUCAUGUUUCACAGACGUUCCAUGCAAUCCUUAUCUCCAUAUUCUUCAUCUCGAGUUGCAUUUCUAGAUCGGUGGUUCGUGAAGUCAUGGGUUAAUGACUUCGAAAAACAGGACAAGAAGAAGAUUGAGGUGUCAGAUAUGUACAUCAAGGCUUUCAAUGGAGAAUAUCCGGAACAGUUUGUGACCGGGAAGAAAUGGUAUGAAGAUGUCGACACCUUGUUCCUCUGCCACCAUGUUAACGGAGACCAUUGGGUUGCUCUACGCAUUGAUUUACGGAAGUCGACAAUCCAUGUAUAUGAUAGUAUUCCGAGUGUGGUGAAGGAACAUAAGGAUCUGACGGAGGAGUGCAGACCGUUCAUGAAAAUGAUUCCACUGGUGCUUAACAAGAUGCUGCCUCCAAAUUCGGGAAGGAAGAAGACUGAGCAGCAGUUCGCCUUACGUAGGCACAAGGAUGCCCCCCGGAACGAUGACCCAGGAGAUUGUGGUGUGUACUCUUUGAAGUACAUUGAAUGUCUUGCUAUUGGAUGUACUUUUCAGGGCUUGAGUGAUACGAUCAUACCGGAACAAAGAAUGAAGUUGGCAGCAGAGAUCUAUGAAGAGGUGGCCGAGGUUGAUGCAGAAGCAUGAUUUACUGGUUGCUUUGACCAUCGCAUUCUACGAAAAAUAUCACAUGUUUAUCAUUUACCUGAAUGCGCCGGGAGUUCGAAUCCUCUUGCUGAAUCUCGCAUCAGAUCGAUCCUUCCACGACGUGGAGUCUGCCGAAACAGCUCUUAUCGGACUGAAGCCAUUCGCUAUGCUUUUAUCCCACGGAGACCUCACGUACCACCACGAGAAAUGUAUGCUCGAAUGUCUCCUCUCCUCUUCUUCUUCCUCGAUAUUGGAGGAAGACGUGUCUGAAGCGCUUUUACCAUUUUUUAUAUUAAUUUUUAUAUAAAAUUAAUAACAAAUUCCAAUAUAUUUUUGGGCUUCUUUCAAAACCAACCUAAAAUUUGGAGUCAAUUCCAAAACCAACCUCUUUUUUUUUGUCAUUACUAUUCAUCCUUGAAAGUUCCAAAUCCUCCUUAUGUUUUUCAAUUAUUUACCAAAGUGCCAUUAUUAAAUAAUUAUUUAAUAAUUUCGAAAAUGAGAAAAAACCUAUUACACCCUAAACAUUUCUUCUUAUUUACAACAAUGCCAUUAUCAUCAAUUUUCCAACCACCAUGAACCACCAUUUUUGAGCUCUUAAAACCUCAAGAAUUCAAUUUGUAACUACUUUUUUCUCUUUCUAAACUAACAAAUCUUCAUUUUCUCUCAUUUCCUCUUCAUUUUCAUCUGAAAAUCUUUCAUAACUUCCAUUUUUGUAAUCUAAACUUUCAUAUUUUCGAGUUUAUUCAGUGGUUAGUCGAAAAAGGUGGUUCUUUUUGGUCAUAUUUGGAGCUUGGACGGUGGUAAAUGGUGGAAACGAGCUUUACACAAGAAAAAAAUAACUAUUUACUGGGUUUUUGUCAUUUUUCAUAUCUGUGUCGCGAUAGUAGACUGUUUUGUAUGUCUACUCUUAUGUGUAGACGUACGAUGCGAUCUAUUGUUCAACGCACAGGUUACUUUUGCAAUUAACCAAAAUAAUUUUUUUUUGUAUAGUAGACUUCCCUAGAAGUCUGCAUCUUAACCUUUGAAAACAAAAACAAAAAAAUAGGUAGACUUACUAAGAAGUCUACGUAAAGAGGUUAGUUUUUGCAUUUGGCCAAACUCUAUGCAACUUUUGACUUUUCAUAGUAGACUUCACCAGAAGUCUACAUUAUGUAGACUACUAUGGAAGUCUACAAAAGGUCAAUUUUGCAUUUGACCAAAACUUUAACUCCGUUGAAUAGGUUAGUUUUGUAUUUGACUAAAAGAUUAUAUAGUUGACCAAAUCAAAAAAUAGUGUAGACUUCAUAUUCAGUCUACUAUUCUCAGGAAAAAAAACGUAGAUUGCAUAUGAAAGUCUACUUUUUUAUUUUGGUCAAAUGCAAAACUAACCUUUCGAAUUUGGGGUAGAUUUCAGUUGAAGUCUACACAUGUGUAGACGUUCAUAUCAAUCUAUUUGUACUAAGUCAAAUUUGGUCAAUUGCAAAAACUAACCUGUUUUAAAAAAUUAAAAAAUGUAGACUGUAAAUGAAGUCUCCUUUGGAAAGUCAAAUUUUGGUUGAAUUCUGGUCAAUUGCAAAAACUAACCUUUUCAAAAUGUAGACUGAAAAUAAAGUCUACACGUAUAAAAUUACAACUUUUUUUUAAAUACAAAUGAUAACCCAUGGAUUUUUCAAUUGCAAAAACUAACCCUAAUUAUAGACUAAGUUGACAGUCUACAAACGUAAACUGAAAAAACAAUCUAUUAUUAUGUAGACGGAUUAUAAAGUCUACAUAUAAAAAUCUAUAAUAGAUGGAUUUGUGUAUUAUUCGUAAUGUAUUUUCAAGAUUUUUUAGUUUGACAGUGUGCGUUAGUUAAUUCUAAUGGUCUUGAGGUAUUUUGAAAAUAUAAUCUUUUAUAAUUAUUAAAUUAUCAACAUUUUGAUUUUACUGUCUAGUUAGCUAAUAAGUGUAGAUGUCUUUAUAAGUCUACUUUAUAAUUUCAAAAGUGAAAAGAGAAUACUUGUUGUGGUUGAAGAAUGUUAGUUUAUGGAAGAGUGAUAUGUAAGAUCAUUUCUACGUACCUUGAGAAAAAAAUCAGAAAUAUUAGAAUGGGACUCUCUUAUGUUGAUUAUUAGUAUUUAUGUGUUUUUAUUUAUUCCUUACUGCACAUAAUUUUACAAUAGAGAUAGACAAGUGUGAAACUUAUAAACUUAUAUUGAAUUUGUGGUCUUGAGUCAAUAUUAUGUGCCAUGUUUUAUUGCUUUUAAGUUGUGUUACGUGAUGAAAUUUUGUUGAACUGUGAGUCUUAACUUUGAUGUAUUCCUUUGGAGUUGUAUUAAACAAGUCUACUUUCGGUCGAGUACACUUCAGUACAGAAUAUCCAAGAAAAUUACAUAAUACAGCAGUGAUACAAAAGCACAAUACAAUAUAGCUAGUACAAAGGCAUAUAAUACAAACACCUAUUACCAAAAACUUCAUAUCCUCCAAUUCUAGCCAAAAAAUGGUUG